AGAUAGUAACUUUUUUCCAUAGAUUUGGAAGCCAACAACCUUUAACUUCCCCACUACCCCCACAUUCAUUAAUCCCCCUUCAUUUGUCCCGUGUUUCUGACCACCACCACACACACACACACACACACACACUGCCGUAUCAACAGUAUAGCAGUAAAUACUUUGUCACUUGUGUACAGAAAAACCGAAAUUCACAGACCCCAUUUAGAAAUUUUGCCUUUUUUCUCUUCAUUUGAUGCCAAAGAUCUGACCUUUUUUCCUAAUCUCGAUGUUCUCAACGAUCAACAAGAAAAAAAAGAGAAACCCGUCUUUUUGUUUUGUCUCUCUAUUGUAUAAUUAAGGUUACGAAAAUUCAAGAAUUAUGCAUGGGCUUAGCCGCCUGAGCAACGGGGCGAGCUCUGUUUCCCCGCCGUCCUCCCCCCGCCACCGUGUCAGCCGCGGCAAGGGCACCACCUCCCCCGCCGGUGGAUGCGACGGUGGCGCGAAGAAUUUCCGCGGCGGCGGGGUAGGGAGGGUGGAGAUGAAGAAUGUGGCGGAGAGGUUCCGGUAUUUCUUGAUCUCGGCAUUGUACAGGAAAAGAGGGGUGCUUUUGUUUGCUCCGUUGUUGUAUAUAGCUGGGAUGCUUAUGUAUAUGGGUACAAUGGGGUUUAAUGCUAUGAGUAGUGUCGGCGGCGGCGAUGCGGUGGGGCCCGGUUCCGUGUACCGGAGCCCCGAGGUUUUCGAGAAGCUCUGGCCUUUUAUGGAGGCUGAAAGCGGCAACCGAACCUCUAAUUUGUUAUCGAAUGUUUGGAAUCCAAAGAUGAAACAAGGUUGGAAGCCUUGUAUCAAACAGACUGUUUCCCAAUCAGAGUUGUCGCAGUCAAACGGCUUCCUGAUAAUCGAAGCGAAUGGAGGGUUGAACCAACAAAGGAUUUCGAUAUGUGAUGCAGUGGCGGUAGCGGGUUUGCUGAAUGCUACACUUGUUAUCCCAAUAUUUCAUUUGAAUAGCGUCUGGCAAGAUUCGAGCAAAUUUGGCGAUAUUUUUGACGAGGAGUUCUUCAUUUACGCGCUCAGAAACCAUGUUAAUGUAAUUAGAAAGCUUCCGGAAGAAAUACUCGAGCAGUACGAUAAUAAUAUAAGCAACAUAGUGAAUUUGAGAGUAAAAGCAUGGUCAAGCCCAUCAUACUAUCUUCAAAAGGUUCUACCGAAGUUGCUCGAGUGGAAGGCUGUACGGAUUGCGCCUUUCUCCAACAGACUGGCCCACGCAGUUCCACCGCAUCUCCAAGGCCUUCGAUGCCUAUGCAAUUUCGAAGCACUUAGAUUUUCCGAACCAAUACGAAUGCUUGCUGCUAAGAUGGUUGAUCGAAUGGUCACAAAUAGUUCUAAAAGUGGGGGCAGAUACGUGUCCGUUCAUCUCCGGUUCGAAGAGGACAUGGUUGCAUUUUCUUGCUGCAUAUACGAUGGGGGUGAAGAAGAAAAACAUGACAUGGAUAUUGUUCGAGAAAGAAGUUGGAGGGGAAAAUUUCGGAGGAGAGGUAGAGUAAUUAGGCCAGGUGCUAAUCGUGUGGACGGAAAAUGCCCUCUAACCCCCUUGGAGGUGGGAAUGAUGCUUAGAGGAAUGGGAUUUGAUAACACCACCUCUCUUUACGUUGCGGCCGGAAAAAUUUACAAAGUCGAAAAACAUAUGGCUCCACUAAAGCAGAUGUUUCCAGGUUUAGAAACGAAGGACACACUAGCUUCGAUUGAAGAGCUUGCUCCGUUUACGGGACAUUCGUCUAGGUUGGCAGCUCUCGACUAUACGGUUUGCCUACACAGUGAAGUUUUCGUUACAACUCAAGGGGGUAAUUUCCCCCAUUUCUUGGUAGGACACAGACGGUAUUUCUACGAAGGUCACUCCAAAACUAUAAAACCAGAUAAGAGGAAGUUAGCUCAGUUAUUCGAUAAACCGAGUAUAAGGUGGCAAGAUUUUAAACGACAAUUGCAGGAUAUGCUUCACCAUAACGACGUGAAGGGGAUUGAGCUGAGAAAAUCGAGCAGCUCGCUUUACAUGUACCCUAUGCCAGAUUGUAUGUGCAGAAAAACGGAUGCUAAAGUCGAGUACAGCAACACGACCAAAACUACGUAGCUUUGAGGAAGAAAAGACAGUUUUUUUUAUAGGGGCUCGUAUAGUCAGUUGUUAACAACAAUUCAUAUAGCAAUUUAUAUAAUAUAACCGGUAUAGCUGUAAAUCGAUAUAUACAUAUAUAUCAUAAAAAUCAAUUCUUUUCCCCUCUUCUUUUGAAAAACAGUUUACAGCUUUGUAAUGGAUACAGUUCUUCUGUUUGGUAAUGAAAAUCAUUCUUUAUAUAUUCA